AUUAAUUAACCCUUCUUCAUACACAUAAAGAUCUCUAAUCUGAGAAAACAGAAAGUCCAACGACCGUUAAAACGAAAUAAACCACCGAGAGCUUCCUAAUAACUGGAUCCGUUAUCUGUCCGUUACAAAAAAUCAUGCCGUCUUCUCCGAGGCUGAAGCUCUUCCACGCGCGUACAUCACCCUCCACGCGCCGAUCGACGUCUCUGAUCGUCCUCACCUCUCUCGCGAUCGGGCUAUUCGGAUUCAUCUUCGGACUCGCCGCCAUUGUUUUCCCGAGCCGGACAUGCCUCACGAACUCCCCUCCGAAGACGGUGCGAGUCGUCUGGGACGUCGCCGGGAAUAGUAACGGUGGUAAUGGCCUCAGCGGCGGAGUGAAGAGGCAUAAGGUGAUGGGAUUCGUCGGUAUCCAAACCGGAUUCGGAUCAGCUGGGAGGAGACGAGCGCUCAGGAGCACGUGGAUGCCGUCCGAUCCAGAAGGGCUUCGUCGCUUGGAGGAGUCAACAGGAUUGGCUAUCAGGUUUAUCAUAGGCAAGACCAAAGAUGAAAAGAAGAUGGCUGAGCUUAGAAGCGAGAUUGCAGAGUAUGAUGACUUUAUACUGCUCGAUAUCGAGGAGGAGUACAGUAAGCUCCCAUACAAAACUUUGGCUUUCUUCAAAGCUGCGUAUGCUCUGUAUGAUUCGGAGUUCUAUGUCAAAGCUGAUGAUGAUAUCUAUUUGAGGCCAGAUCGUUUGUCUUUGCUGUUGGCUAAAGAGAGGAGCCACUCGCAGACAUACCUAGGAUGCUUGAAAAAAGGUCCUGUUUUCACAGAUCCAAAGCUUAAAUGGUAUGAGCCUUUGGCAGAUUUGCUGGGGAAGGAGUACUUUCUUCAUGCUUAUGGCCCCAUCUAUGCUCUUUCUGCUGAUGUUGUCACCAGUUUGGUUGCCCUCAAGAAUAACAGUUUCAGGAUGUUUAGCAACGAGGACGUGACAAUAGGUGCGUGGAUGUUGGCAAUGAACGUCAACCACGAGAACCACAAGACCCUUUGUGAACGAGAGUGCUCACCCUACUCCAUUGCUGUUUGGGAUAUACCAAAAUGCUCAGGGCUUUGUAACCCAGAGAAAAGGAUGUUGGAACUUCACAAGAUAGAGAGCUGCUCAAAGAGCCCAACUUUGCCAUCGGAAGAUGAGUGAUCUUUUACCUCUUAUAUAGUUAUAUAUAUAUAUAUAUAUAUCUCCUUUGAUGGUCGAAGAUCCGAGGCGACACUUCCGCCAUUGAAGUUGCAGCUUCGCACAGAUUAUAUACGACUUUCCUCCUUCUUUUUUUUCACUUACUCUGCUAUGUACUCUUUAGGUGGCAAUGCCAGAAAAGCGAGGUGAGUUGAUCCUUCGCUUAAACGGCAUUAGGGUUUAUAAAACUAGGGCUGGUAAAUUUUGGAUUAUUCCUUGUUGUACAAGUAUGAGGUUAAACUAACUGCAAUUUCGAAUUCGCAUUAUCGACGAGGAAAGAGGAAAAACCGAUACAGUGUUAAUCGAUUAAGCUUUUGUUUUUA